UUUUUCUAGCUACUAUAGUCGACGAGAAAAAUAAAAACGAAAGGUGAAUGAAAAGUUUUUGGAUCCACUGUAUGCUUAACUUUUUUCCUUUCCUGUCAAAUCCUCAUGAUUAAACACUGUUACAUUUAUAAUACACUAUCAUAUUCUUAUCACACAUGCUUGUCAAUAUAUCAUCUAGUCUCUAAACAUGCCUGUGAGCAAAAAAACUUUUUUUUCGAAAAAUGUUAGCUUAAAUGAUCUAUAAUAGAUCCUAGACUGUGUUUCAAAUCAGUGAAGAUAUUGUGAAUAGACCAGUCUGUAGAGAAUUGAAAGAGCUUUCUAAUUAUGCGUUCAUUUGUUUAUAUGCUCCCAUAGUGUCAAAGAAUAGCGCAUGAAAAGGAUUUCAAUGGUGCUCUGUAAUGUCAACUUUCCAGUGAAGAUCCUAUCUGGAUUGCAACGGCUAUAGCCACUCAAAAGCACCUAAAAUCAUAUGUUUAUAGUUUUCUGAUUCUCAUAUGACCAUUCUGAGCAAAAAACAAAAAUGGGACGAUUCUAUAGCUUAUAUGCUCCCGUUCUUUUGUCCAUAAAUCUAGUUUUUAAACUCUAAAAGCUGUUAAAUUUAAAGAAUAAAGCAAUAAAAGCAAUAAAGCAGAAAACCCUAUUUAUUUCUGAAAAUUUCAUUCAUUUUUGCCUAUUUUCAGAAUUGCAGUAUUUCGAAAUCUUUUAUCUAAAACUGACUUUUAAAAUUCUAAAAUCAACUCUUCUUCUAGGUGACUCAACGAACUCUAUCCAGCUAUAACAAAUAAAACGAAAAAAAGAAUUCUGUUUGAUGGUCUGAAUUGCGGGCACUUUAACUUGACUCUGAACUCAUAUUGUUCUAAUUUCAAUAGUUGUCCUGUUUGUGGUAUACAACCCACUGAUGAUACUAAUAAUGAUCAAGUACUGGCAUUUGAUGAUAAUCCAAUACAAAUAAUAAAAAAGCGUCCAUCAAUAACAUCAUUAAAUAAUGCAAGCAAUGAUUCAAUUUUAAAUCAGCCAUUGUCAAAUUCAAGACGCAAAAAAUCAUCAUCAAAACAUAAUUUUAUCCAGUCACAAAGAGCACCAUCACCUGAAUGGAAAACUAUUCGUAAUCCAUAUUUACAAGUUUUAGUUUUAACAAAUGCAUCAUUAUGGGACUUUGCACCACAAGGUUUGUCUAAAUAUGGACAUUUAUGCGAUGGGCUUCUUGAUCUUGUUCUAAUACGUGAUACGACAAAGAAAGAAUUUAUAAGAUAUGUUAAACGGAAUGGAAAUUCGAAAAAUCAGUUCGAAUUUCCAUUUACAGAAAUAAUUAAAGUGAAAGAAGUUGAAAUGGAAAUAAAAUCCACAUGUUUUGAAAAUGAAAAUUGUGAGAAUGAAAAUAAUCGUGAAACUAUUUAUAAUUCAUCCAGCGAGUCAGAGAAUGAGAACGAUAAUAACAUCAGAAACCAUCCAAAUUCAUCACUAUCGUUUAUUGAACCACGUCCACCCAGUUCACCGGCACCUAACAUUCGUCGCCAUCAUCGUCGUCAUCGUUUAGCCGAUGAUGAAACACCAUCUCCUCCUGCUCAAUGCAAUCCCUCAUUACUUACGUCAAAGAGUAUGGAUGUGUCACAUUUUACUGUCGAACAAGACGAAGAUGAAGAAGAGACACCUCAACAGACACAACUACAUAAUACACAAAAAGAACAGUUUGGAUCGACUACAUCUCUCUCACGGCUUAGGAAUAGUAAUAUAUUUAAAUCAUUAAGAUCCAAAAAACGUAAAAAUAAUCCAAAAUUACCGCUUCCACGUCCUUCCAGUGCCAAAGGCGAUUACUCCGAAGACAAUGAUAAUCAGAAGAGAAAUAAUCGUCGAUCAGGAGGGACACUAAAACCGGCAAGAUCAUUGCUCAAUUUAUUUGGUGGUAGUAACUCAAUAUCAAAAAUGGAAAAAUCAUCAUCACAGCAAGAUUUGUCGAUGUUAUCUACUGUCCAACAGUCCACAAACGACAAAAAUGGACACAGUAUGGAUUAUAAUGUGUCAAGACCACCACCAUCCAUUACCGAUUUGAUGCGAAAAAAAAAAAGCUAUUGCCUAUGGAAUCUCGAUUUCAAUCCUCACAAUUCAUCACCAAUAAGAAUCAAAUGUUUUCGAAAAUUAUUGCCAAUAUUUGGUGUGGGUUUAGAUCCGGAUACUGCCAUUCUUGAUCAAGUUGGCUUGGAACGUUUUCAAUUAAGUUUUGAACAUGAUAGAAAAACUGGUUCAACAUGUCAAGUAUUUUAUGCCUAUGAUUUAUGGAAUUAUAAUCGUUUAGUAGCAUUAAAAUUUAUAAAUAAUUAUUAUAUUGAUAGUUAUGUAUCUCGAAAUGAUCUUUUAACAUUACAAACAUUACAAAAUUAUAAUUAUAUGCCAAAAGAUGUUAUUUAUAAUCGUUGUAUUAAAAAUAUAGAUGAUAAAUAUGUACCAAUUGAACAAUAUGUUGGAGAAUUGGGUAGAUUAUGUCAAACAUUACCAAUUAAUCGAUGUAUUGAAAAUGGUGCAAAACAUUUACCAGAAUAUGAUUGUUAUGUUAUUGCAUUUGAAUAUGUUGAAGGUCAAACAGUUUGGGAAAAUCUUGUACGAACAGAUUUUAUCUAUUUAAAUGAAAUAGAUGCUAAACAAUUUGUUAAAUUAUUCAUAUCAAAUAUAGUCACAUUACUUAAUCAUCAUUUAAUUCAUUUUGAUUUAAAUACAAAUAAUUAUUUUUAUAAAUUUUAUGAUUUUAUUAGUGAACGAUCAAAAUUAACAAAAUAUUCGUAUAAUUAUCAAUAUGAUAAUGGUAAUGAAGAUGGAUAUUUUAGUAUGAAUAAUAGUCGUCGUAAUAGUAAUUAUUCAGAUAUAUCAUUAAAUCAAUCAUUAAUGACAUUUAUCGAUUUUGGCUGGUCAAAUGUUCAAGCAAAUGAAGAAAAUGACAAAGAUGAAACUUUAUUACGUUCUAUACAAAAUCUUUUUGAUCGUACUCCAAAAGUUUUACAAUUAUUUACAACAAAAUCCUAUUGGGAUUUUAGACGUGCAGUAAUAAGUCGAAAAUAUGGAUUAAGAACAUUAUUAAAACAUCCAUGGUUAAAUGAUGAUAAUGAGUAUGAAGAAAGUUCUUUUGUUUAG